AAAUCUUAAUUAGUGUAUCAAUUAUUUACCUAUUUGAUUCAGCAGCUAGUAGAAGUAAUGUCAACCAUACAUAAUCAGAAAUAGAACCUUAAUCCCAACCAAGCACAUAUUCAAUUGGAUAUUAUUGGGUCCACUACUAAUGACUCAUGUUCACCACACAGAUACAUGACUAAAACAGAAGAAACCAAGUUGGCCAAUAAGAAGUGAGGCAAUCUCACCUUAUCCACACUCCUACCACAACCUUAAAUUACAUUCACUAUCCAUAAAUCCUAUGUUGACAAUAUAACAAAAUCCAUCACCAAAACAAACUACUUAAAAAAGUGUAUCUGAUUAAAUUUCUUUUACACUAUCUUGAUCAAGAAAAUGGCAGCAAUGAACUCAAGUGUAUUGGCAUGUAGCUAUGCUGUCUCAGGCAUUGGUGCAUCUGAACUCACCUCAAAGUAUGCUGCUGUUUCCAUGUCUGGCUCUCCAUCACUUCAGAAAUUGCCAGUCAUCAAGGCUCAACAAUCCUCCAACAAAGACCAGAUAGCCGGAAGAAGAGUCGCGCUCCUCGGCCUUGCUGCUGCUCUUUUCGCCGCCGCUUCCUCCAACUCCUCUGCCAAUGCUGGUGUUAUCGAUGACUAUCUUGAGAAAAGCAAAGCCAACAAGGAAUUGAAUGACAAGAAGAGGUUGGCCACAAGUGGAGCAAACUUUGCAAGAGCAUACACAGUUCAAUUUGGAACCUGCAAGUUCCCUGAGAACUUCACUGGCUGCCAAGACCUUGCAAAGCAAAAGAAAGUGCCAUUUUUAAGUGACGAUUUGGACUUGGAGUGCGAGGGCAAGGACAAAUACAAGUGUGGUUCUAAUGUGUUCUGGAAAUGGUGAAGACUUUGUAUUCUUAAGCAGAGUCCUUUCACAAAAUGUAUCUAUUGUGACAGUGAGAAGUAAUUUGUUUGAUGUUCGUUAAACAUCGCAUUGAUUGCUUUAA